AUUUAUUUUUGUAGGCCUCGAGUCUGAAAAGACAAGAAUGACCCCGAGGGAUAUUGUUCAAACUAUUAUAUAAGCAUAUGAUGCAUGGCUCCCUUUUGCAUCACAGCAUAGAAGGAAAAACAAAAACACACCCCAAAAGAGAGAGAAAAAAAAAUUCUAAUUAGAGAGAGAAUGGUGGUGAAGAGUGAGAAAGGUAGAGUUUGUGUGACCGGAGGAACCGGUUUCCUUGGUUCAUGGAUGGUCAAACGGCUUCUUGAAGAUGGCUAUCAAGUCAACACAACUUCAAGGAUCGAUCCAGAGCGCAAGAGGGACAUCAGCUACCUCACGAGCCUCCCGGGUGCGGCCGAGCGGCUCAAAAUCUUCAACGCGGACCUCGACAAGCCCGAAACCUUCGGGCCCGCGAUCGAGGGCUGCAUCGGGCUUUUCCACAUGGCCCACCCUCUCGAUUUCCAGGAGAAGGAGCCCGAGGACGUUAAGGUCCACCGGGUCACGACUGGCAUGCGAGCCAUACUUGGGGCCUGCGCGGAUGCCAAGACCGUCCGACGCGUGGUCUACACCUCAAGCAUAUCGGCUGCGGCCGGCACCACCAAGCGCGGCCCAUCGGGCCUAUUAGACGAGAGCUGUUGGACCGACGUGGACUUUGUGAGGAGCCAGAAGGCUUUCGGUGGGCCCUACAUGGUCACCAAGACGCUGGCAGAGAGGGCCGCCGUUGAGUGCGCAAACGAACUCGGGCUUGACCUUGUUUGUGUCGUGCCCACUUGGGUCACGGGCCCGUUUAUCUGCCCGCAUUUACCGGACUCGGUUUAUGUGUCCAUGGCAUUGAUCUUUGGUGACAAGGCACAUUACCAGCACGUUAAGGACACAAGUUUGAUUCACGUUGACGAUGUUGCAAGAGCUCAUAUACAUCUGUUCGAGUAUUCGGAAGCAAAAGGGCGAUACAUUUGUGCGGCUGUCGAGUUUACUAUAGAAAAAUUAAGCGAAUUUAUUUCGGCUAGGUACCCUGAAUACAAGAUGCCUGAUCCAGAAUCGUGGAAGGACAUAAUACCGCUUAAAUUUUCGGGCCUAUCGACGAAAAAGCUGGAGGAAACUGGGUUCAAGUAUGAAAACGGGCUUGCGGAGAUGUUUGAUGGGGCAAUCAAAAGCUGCAAAGAGAAGGGCUUUCUUUAGAUUGUUCUUGUUUAGUUUGUAAUUUCAUAUUUGGUGAUUGUCAUUUUCAUAUUUUUCAUGUUUACUAGUCUCAAUUGUGUGUUUUUUUCUAGUUGCUUGAUUGUUGUGAUGCUGCAGUAUAAGUGGCAAAAUGGAAUAAAAAUUUGUGCUAAAUAAUUUGCUUGUUGGAUUUAUUCAUGUCAAGUUUUUCUCAAGAUUUUCAAA